AUGGAGGCUGCCAUGUUGAAUUCUUCACAGCCUCAUUCUGGAAAUCGUGAGGUUGAGGUUGAGGUUGUCAGUCGUGAGUUUGAGGUUGAGGUUGAGGUUGUCAGUCGUGAGUUUGUUGGACGUUACGUUGUGACUCGAGAGUUGUUGGCGUUUAAGGUUGUCAGUCGUGAGAUUGAGGUUGUCAGUCGUGAAGUUGAGGUUGUCAGUCGUGAGUUUGAGGUUGAGGUUGUCAGUCCUGAGUUUGAGAUUGUCAGUCGUGAGGUUGAGGUUGUCAGUCAUGAGUUUGAGGUUGAGGUUGUCAGUCGUGAGUUUGAGUUUGAGGUUGUCAGUCGUGAGUUUGAGGUUAAGAUUGUCAGUCGUGAAUUUGAGGUUGAGGUUGUCAGUCGCGAGUUUGAGGUUGAGGUUGUCAGUCGUGAGUUUGAGUUUGAGGUUGUCAGUCGUGAGUUUGAGGUUAAGGUUGUCAGUCGUGAAUUUGAGGUUGAGGUUGUCAGUCGUGAGUUUGAGGUUGUCAGUCGUGAGUUUGAGGUUGUCAGUCGUGAGUGUGAGGUUGUCAGUCGUGAAUUUGAGUUUGAGGUUGUCAGUCGUGAGUUUGAGGUUAAGGUUGUCAGUCGUGAGUUUGAGUUUGAGGUUGUCAGUCGUGAGUUUGAGGUUGAGGUUGUCAGUCGUGAGUUUGAGGUUGAGGUUGUCAGUCGUGAGUUUAAGUUUGAGGUUGUCAGUCUUGAGGUUGAGGUUGUCAGUCGUGAGUUUGAGGUUGAGGUUGUCAGUCGUGAGUUUGAGGUUGAGGUUGUCAGUCGUGAGUUUGAGUUUGAGGUUGUCAGUCAUGAGUUUGAGUUUGAGGUUGUCAGUCGUGAGUUUGAGGUUGUCAGUCAUGAAUUUGAGGUUGAGGUUGUCAGUCGUGAGUUUGAGGUUGUCAGUCGUGAGUUUGAGGUUGUCAAUCGUGAGUUUGAGGUUGUCAGUCGUGAGUUUGAGGUUGUCAGUCGUGAAUUUGAGGUUGAGGUUGUCAGUCGUGAGUUUGAGUUUGAGGUUGUCAGUCGUGAGUUUGAUGUUGUGGUUGUCAGUCGUGAGUUUGAUGUUGAGGUUGUCAGUCGUGAGUUUGAGUUGAGGUUGUCAGUCCGUGAGUUUGAGGUUGUCAGUCGUGAGUUUGAGGUUGUCAGUCGUGAAUUUGAGUUUGAGGUUGUCAGUCGUGAGUUUGAGGUUGAGGUUGUCAGUCGAGAGUUUAAGUUUGAGGUUUUUGAGGUUGAGGUUGUCAGUCGUGAGUUUGAGGUUGAGGUUGUCAGUCGUGAGUUUGAGUUUGAGGUUGUCAGUCGUGAGUUUGAGGUUGAGGUUGUCAGUCGUGAGUUUGAGGUUGUCAGUCGUGAGUUUGAGGUUGUCAGUCAUGAAUUUGAGGUUGAGGUUGUCAGUCGUGAGUUUGAGGUUGUCAGUCGUGAGUUUGAGGUUGUCAAUCGUGAGUUUGAGGUUGUCAGUCGUGAGUUUGAGGUUGUCAGUCGUGAAUUUGAGGUUGAUGUUGUCAGUCGUGAGUUUGAGUUUGAGGUUGUCAGUCGUGAGUUUGAUGUUGUGGUUGUCAGUCGUGAGUUUGAUGUUGAGGUUGUCAGUCGUGAGUUUGAGUUUGAGGUUGUCAGUCGUGAGUUUGAGGUUGUCAGUCGUGAGUUUGAGGUUGUCAGUCGUGAAUUUGAGUUUGAGGUUGUCAGUCGUGAGUUUGAGGUUGAGGUUGUCAGUCGAGAGUUUAAGUUUGAGGUUUUUGAGGUUGAGGUUGUCAGUCGUGAGUUUGAGGUUGAGGUUGUCAGUCGUGAGUUUGAGUUUGAGGUUGUCAGUCGUGAGUUUGAGGUUGAGGUUGUCAUUCGUGAGUUUGAGGUUGUCUCUCGUGAGUUUGAGGUUGAGGUUGUCAGUCGUCAGUUUGAGGUUGUCAGUCGUCAGUUUGAGUUUGAGGUUAUCAGUUGUGAGUUUGAGGUUGAGGUUGUCAGUCGUGAGUUUAGAUUCGUCACAGGUCAGGUGUUUGACUCAGCAGAUGUUCCGGGAAGGACGCUACUGAUGGAAGCCUACAAGGAUGCUACUCUUCAUCCUCAUGGAUAUCUAAAAAAGACCUCCGUACAACUCAAGACAGUUAUGGCUGUGACGUCACAGUCUAAAAAGUUCCGGGAAUAG